UCUAGAAUGAGUAAUCCAUCAGAAUCAAGUAAAUGUGCAAUGGAGAGCGGGGAUGAAAACACUGGUGCCCAAACAAAUGGACUGGACUUUCAGAGGCAGACUGUGCAAACAAGCGCAAUCACCAACGCACACGCACAGGCCUUGCUCCAACAGUUGAGUUUGACUCCAGUGCAGCAGCAGUUAUUGCUGCAGCAGGCUCAGGCUCAGCUGUUAGCAGCAGCCGUGCAGCAUUCGGCUGGCCAGCAGAGCAGCACUACAGGAGCCAGCAUCUCCGCCUCCGCUGCCACCCCCAUCACCCAGAUCCCCCUCUCCCAACCCAUCCAGAUCACGCCUCAGUUACAGCAGCUGCAACAGCAUCAGAACCUCAACCUGCAGCAGUUUGUUCUGGUCCAGCCAGGCCACCACAUCGCAACUCAGCUGCAGCCCACGCAGUUCAUCAUCUCCCAGACGCCACAGGGCCAGAGUCUCCUGCAAGCCCAGAACUUUCUAACUCAACUACCUCAAAGCCAAGCCAACCUCCUGCAGACCCAGCCAAGCAUCACACUUUCCACACAGCCUGCAACACCCACACGCACGAUAGCAGCUACCCCCAUCCAAUCCCUCCCUCACAGCCAGACGACACCAAAGCACAUUGACACACCCAGCCUGGAGGAGCCCAGUGACCUGGAGGAGCUCGAGCAGUUUGCCAAGACCUUCAAACAGAGACGUAUUAAACUGGGCUUUACGCAGGGGGAUGUUGGCCUUGCCAUGGGAAAGCUUUAUGGAAAUGACUUCAGCCAAACUACCAUUUCUCGUUUUGAGGCCUUGAACCUGAGCUUUAAAAACAUGUGCAAACUGAAGCCUCUGCUUGAAAAGUGGCUCAGUGAUGCAGAGAACCAGACGUCUGACCAGGCCCUGUCCAGUCCCAGCUCUCUUGGCUCACCUGGGCUGGGAAUAGAGGGCCUGAACCGUCGCCGCAAGAAAAGGACAAGCAUUGAGACCAACAUCAGAGUGGCCUUAGAAAAGACCUUUCUGGAGCAGAACCAAAAACCUACCUCUGAGGAGAUCACCAUGAUCGCAGACCAGCUCAACAUGGAGAAAGAGGUGAUCCGAGUAUGGUUCUGUAACCGCAGACAGAAAGAGAAGAGGAUCAACCCGCCCAGCAGUGGCAGUGCUGCUGGCACCCCCAUCAAAGCAAUCUUUCCUCCCACCACACCUCUGGCACUGAGUACAGCCAGUCUUGUGACCAGAAACACACCGACUACAAUGACUGUUUUGCCUCUCACCAGCACUAGUGUCUCCAGCAUCAGUUUCACUGGCACAACCAUUGGCUCUACUAUUAACACUGCAUCUGUCAUCUCCACUGCACCUGUGGUCACCACCGCAGCAUCCUCUCCUUCGCUCAGCCCUUCCCCCAUCACACCGCAGACAUCCUCUGCGGAACAGGCUUUGGCUCAGGGGAUAGUCACGGCAGUAAGCCAGGCACCCUCCUCUCUGGCGUCCACUCUGGGCACUGGGCAGGUGAUGGUGGCGUCACCCAGCCUCUCUGCCGCUUUGCAAGGAACCGGCCAGCUACCCAACAGUGCCUGCAUCGCUGCCAUGGCUGCUGCCGCAGGCCUCAAUCCUGGGCUCAUGGCAUCCUCGCAGUUUUCUCCUGGUGGGGCUCUCCUGAGUUUGGCACCUGGUGGUCUCGGGAGCGCUUUGAAUCCAGCACUGAUGAGCAACAGCACCUUGGCCACGAUCCAAGGUGUGUGGAGUGCUCUGGCAUCUAGUGGCACUUUGCCCAUUACAUCCCUGGACGGGAGCGGGAACUUGCUGUUUGCUAACACCAGUGCAGGGAGCACCCCAAACCUUGUGACAGCACCCCUCUUUCUGAAUCCCCAGAACUUGUCCCUGCUCGCCAGUAACCCGGUCAGCCUGGUGUCUGCGGGAGGGGCAGCAGGUGCUUCUGGAGCCCUAAACCUGCACAUUUCCGCCGAUGCCCACCAGAACACUGUUACCACGGCAACUAUGCCCUCCUCCACCAUCACCACGGCCUCUAAGGCCCAGUGAAAGCUUUACCCCCUCGUCUCCUCUUCUAUACCCCUUUCCUCUUCAUCGUUUUCUUUAAUCUUUUGCUACCACCAAAAAGAAACCCACUUAAAAGGAUUUAAUGUUAUUUUAAUGUUUAAGUUGGACUCUUAACUUCUCAUAUCUUUCACUCAAAAUCAUUUGGACCUCAUUGUUGGGUUGACUUCUCAGCAAGCAACCAUAAGCGAAUGUUGGCAUCUCCAUAGCACUUGCAUAAGGAGAGCAGAAAUCUCCCUGGACAUUGUGCCAAGUGUAUUCGGCUUUGCAAAAUUCAUUUCGCUCAGUCUUUGCGCCCAUUUUCACAUUAUAUCUUCAUCUCUCUUUUUUAGAGGUUCUUCUAAAAUGCUUUUAACCAAAAAAUGUUGAAUGAUACUUUGUAACUGUUGACACUUUUCCUCUUCUUUACCACAGAAAAGGACACCUUAUGUUCUUCUGUUUUCUUUCCAAUGGAGAUUCUACUUCACAGGCCUUUUUUUUUUUUUUUACAAUAUUGCUGUCUCUCUGGAACUUCCUUUUGGAUUCACAUUGUUUAUUUUUUAUCAAACAGUGGGUUAGCUUUAUGUCCUAUAUCUUACUAACUCAUGGUUACAAGGCUUUAAUGGAGUAAUAAGCAGCUGUGAUGUGGUUUCAUUGCUUUAAGGAAACAUUUGAUUGGCCUUUCUAGAGACACUUCUAGAUUUUUGUUUGACUUUUGUCAUAGUUUACUUGGUAACAGAAGUUUUUAAACAUUAAUUUAGUCUGGGUCUGAAUGCUAAACCAGUCAUGGGCUUACAUAAAACUCAAAGCUUUAAAAGAAUUGUCAUGAUCCAUCUAGGAAUAUUUGUUCAGUGACUGAGCAGUACAUUGAUGCCUCAGUCAUUUUAAACCAAAAGUAAAGCAUGUUCCGAGUGCUCGCAACUCUCAAAGGCCAUUCAACCCGAACAUGUUUUUGCGUUCGUCUCUCUCUUUAAAAAACAUUUGCUAGAUGGACACAUUUGUCUGCUGAUGUCUCUCUAUUGUUUCAGGGCUUGCGGAGGAGCGCCAUGUUUUUUGGAUGGCACGUCAAGUUAAAAGAACUUCAAAUGUUAAAAACUUGUCUGUUCUAUUCAUUGUGCUGCAUCUAGGUUUUUUUUUCCCGCAAGAAUGUGUUCGGUCUGAACAGCCUCUUAUGUUGCUUAGUCUUAGGACUGUGUAACUGUCUUCCUAUCUUGGGAUGUUUGUGAGGUCAAGCAAGAGAAAGUUUAGGUGGAUGACAUUCACUUUUCAGAGGGUAGAGACUUGCAAUGUGAGAUCUUUGCCCAGGAAUGUGUUUUUAGUUUUUUUUAGUUUGAUUUUGUACUUGUGCACAGUAUCUGUAAAAAAAAAAAAUGGAUUUGAGAACUGCAGAACUUCUGUCAUGCUUUAAGAGGUCUUUAUUUCGGAGGUCUUGUAUUGAAUUUCUCUCAAGAAAUACCAAAAAUCUUUGUUAUACCUGUUGCUGUAUAUUGCUAUUGUAGCGUAGAUUAAGCCUAAAUAUUUAUGAGCGAAGGCUCUUGGUAGACCACAGGAAAUAUGAUAAUGCAAUAUUUUGAAGAUCUUUUCCAAAGACAAAAACAUAAUUUUAUGUAUUUUUUCCUUUCUUUUUGUUGAGAUGGCUGUCCCUCUUCAAUUUUGUAGUGUCAGUCAGUGCAACUAACAAAAUAGAUCUAGAUCAAGGGAGAGCAGGAUAGGAUACUAUAUAAAUGAGAUCGCAAAGUUCCAGUGUGAGUACAGGGAUUGUCGCUUCUGCUGGUCUUUAGUGAGGACUUUGAGUUAGAGUUGUACAGAGAAAAAUGUGGGAGUAUUCCUCCCAUUCUGUUCAAAUAUUUAAAAAUUGUAGAGGUGCGGGUGGUGGAUGUAAUGAUGGUGCGUUCCUGCCUUACAGGCUUCUUUAAAUGGUAUCCUUUUUAGUAGUUACAAGGUAGCAGACUUAGUCCUUUGUAACCGGAAAUAAGGGCCAUCGCUCAAGUUCAUGGGGCCCUGGACAAUUUGGGUGGGCCACCUUUUACCUGGCUCAGUGAGUAGCCUAUACCAUAGAGGACAAUAGUGGCACAGAUCCCCAGAGAGGGCCUUUCUGACAUAUCGAUAUAAAGGUGAGUCAGGAUCGUAUUAAGGAGUUUUAACCAGAUGGCCUUUGUUUUUCCCUACCAAUGUAAUGCAGCCAUGAUGUAAAGCUUGAACCAAAGUCGUUUUCUCACUAGCUGCUGUGCCUGUGUGGACCAGUGCAAUGCUGACCACAAUUUCACUACUCACUACUGACAAACUUAACCAUCUAGUACACUUCUUUUUAAACCCCACCCUUUCAUGACAAUGCCAACAAAUUGUGUCCAGCUUUGUAAAGAAAUCUAGCCUAUCUUGCACAGCGCUAACUUGCUUUAGCUCUCGAUAGCAUUUUACGGUCCAAAGAGAAUUUUAAGGGCCUUGUAUUUUAGUGCUUUUGAGAUUUCAGGAGUCCUUCUCCUUCGUUUUAUUCGUUGAGUUUCUGGGUAAGUCUUAGUUUUAGAUGUGACCUUGGAGGGCUCAAUGCAGAUACUUCGCUGGCUCUGCCAGAACAAAGAAUUGUAAUAAAUGAAUAGUAAUAGAAAUAUCAAGAGUCCACGUACUCUUAAUUUCAAUAGGAACUAAUGGGAGGACAGUAGGCCCUGAAACAUUUGACGGCUCUCUCACAACUCGUGACUUGCAUUUGGAAGAAGGUGGAUGUCAAGCUUAGCAUUGGUACAUUGUUUAGACUUCUUGUUUUUAUGUUACAGAACAAUAGAGAUGGGCAUACUGGGAUAAUUACAGUAGUAUUUCCUCUGUAGCAUUCCUCUGAGCUCUCUGGCAUUUGAAUUCUGUCACAAAGAGGUCCGAGUAUCCCCCAUUGUUCCUUUUUGUUACUGUGGCCCUGUCUGUAGAUUUGUCUUUUUUUGUUGUUGUUAUGACUCCUUACGCAAGUUGUGUUUUUGUUGUUAAUAUGAUUUGAAAUACCUCAGCAGCACUUACAUGGGAGGUUCACUUUAAGCGAAAGACACCAACAGUCAACUUCAGAAUGUACAAAAGCUGUUUAUAACAGCCCGUUAUUGUAUGACCAACAACACAUGUUAAUUUAACAGAAACUACAGAAUAUACCAGGAAAAUCUGUAAUGUCACUCUACUACUGCUAUUUCAAGUACUACUACUUAAAGGGUAUCUCCAGGUUAACUUGUAAUGAAUCAUUUUGUUCUCCUACUUGCCAAAGUAAAAAUAAAGGCCUUUGUCUUUGCGGCUGGGUUGAUGUCUUGAUGCUGCUCAUUAUGCUAGUUCUGUCCGGAAAUUUCAACGUAGCCUCUCUGGACAUGUAGAUUUACGUGUUUUGCGCAUUGGUGUCAUAACCCGGUGGGACCGGGACUGUGGGGGAGUUACUGAUAUAUUUAUCUGAGGAAUGACUCAAAAGAUUAGCGAGAUUAACUUCUUCUUUUCUAAAUUCUAUAUAUAUUCACUUAUGUAAGAUGUUUAUAUUUGAACCAAUAUCUAGUUUGAAUGUAGUUUUUGUCAUGCUUAUUCACUAAAAGAAAAAUGACCAUUUAUAUUAUAGCUAUUCUGAAAACACACAAAAAAAGAUAAGACCAAAAAUUAAAACCACACCCUUGAGAUGUGGGAGUGGCUUUUAUGUGCCCCACCCACAUUGCGAUGUGGUUUGUUUGAGUGGGUGGGGCUUUUGAUGGUACUCCUGAAGGAAAAGGCUUGAUGGCACCAAACUACUCUCUAAUUUUGUAAUUAUUUGCUUUUUAUGAUUUUAAUUUGCCAUGUUUUUUAGUUUUUUUUAAAAAAACAUUAACAAUCAUUUGAAUUUAUUUACUGCCUUUUUUGUAUAUCAUGAGGGAGCAACGUCACUGGCUUUCUUAGUUUGACAAACUUGCAUUGAUCAUUUAUGCCUUACUAUUAUUUCUGAAGUUUGACACAUUGUAGCAAAUUGUUGAAAAUGUUUAUGCGAAAGGUGUUUUUUUUAUUGUGUUUGUGUGAGUGAAAGAAGCAACCAAGCAUGCACCAAUGUCAAUCUCACAUGGUGCAUAUCGACCGUGAAAAUAACGCUGUGAGUUCUAUUCGUGUUUUGUGCAUUUUUUAAAAAAAAAUUUAGGAAGUGUUGCUUUCUACCUAUUAUGUAGUUAUAAUUCAAGCUGGUUGGAUACCUGUUGAAAAAGCUUUACUAAUAACUUAACUCCAGCUGAUCUGUAGGGAGUGGCAUGAUGGUUGCUGAUGGUGCAUUGACUUUGAAAGGUUAAAGGAACAGUUCACCCAAGAAUGAAAAAUUCUGUCAUUUGCUCGCCUUCAUGUUGUUUCUCAAUCCGUGAAUAAGUUUCUUUUCUCCAUAGCACACAAAAGUAAAUGUUUGGCGGAAUGUUAGCCUCGGUCACCAUUCGCUUUCAUUGUAAGCAAAAAAGGUGUGAAUGAAAGAAUACAAAAGUGAAUGGUGACCGAGGCGAUCUGAUGAUGGUCUAUUUCAAAUCAAAUCAAAUCACUUCAUUGUCACACUACUAUGUACACAAGUGCAACAGUAGGUGAAAGUCUUGUGUGCCAUAUUUUUGUGUUCCACAGAAGACUUACUGGUUUUGAACAACAUGAGGGUGAGUAAAUGAUGACACAAUUUCCAUUUUUUGGUAAACUAUUCCUUUAAUAUUGUAGAGAAAGUAGGUUCCGUUUGGCGUAAUAAGAAAAAUGACUUUGAUUUACUCAUCGGUCAAAAAUACAGGAAACAUGCCAUAUUGAAAGUGGAUAUAAGGAAGCGUUAUAAGGAUUUGAUGCAAUUGACCACUUGGCUAUAGAUGAUCCCUUUGAACUGAUCAUGAGAUAUUUCAGGUGUUGAUUUAUACUGAUAAGGAUGACAAUUCUUAAAACAUUCAAAGUUGUUGCGGAUCCUGUAUUUGGCACUUGAUUUUGGCGUGUGUGGAUGCUCUGACUUGCAAUUGGAUAGUUUUCUGAUUGUAUAAUAUACUGUUACUGUAGAGCCCCAGUCUAGUGACAAAAUAGGAUCGUUGCAGAAGAGGUCAUGCACCAGAAAGGUGAGAGCUCCUCUGAGUAAACUGUUGUAUACCUCAUUUAUAACUCGAAACAGAGUAAAAACCUGCUUUAAUCUUCUGCAUAACAUAAAAUGAAAUAAAAAAAGUAACUGUCCCACAACAGAGGCCCGCAGAUGUCUGUUUAUUGUUUGGAGUGAGAAACUGGAUCAGUACCCAAAAGAACAAAAAGGCACAUAAGACACACAAACAUGUGCAUAUUAGCCAGAAUUUAGUUGCUUAGAACACUUAUUUAUAUUUUCUUUACACUGUAGCCACUUAUUCAUUUUGUACCAAAGCUUUUUAUAUGAUUUGACAAUCGUCAUCUUUCUUUCCCUCAUUCUGAGUUGUGCUGCAUGGUUUGUGUGCUUAUGUGCUAUUAGUUCUUCUGGGUUUGUGGCCUACUUGUUUCUCACCUUCUCCAUGGUAACCAAAGACUUCAAAGUGAUUGUAUGGACUAAACUCUCUCUCCCAGUACCCUGCCUCAACUUUUAUGAUCUUUGGUCAUACAUGUGGUCAAGUAGACAUGGUUAAGUAGAAAGAGAGUAAAAACACUGCUGGCUUCUGCAAGGACUUGUCAAAGUAACCCCUCAUGGGCUGGGUGAUGUUUAUUAAUACACACUGAAGGAUGUCUUGGGCUCACUGCAACCUGCUCAGGAUGAACUGUUCUCUGGAGUUAAAACACUGGUUCUAUGAUUGUUUACGGAAAACAUGCAAUGUCUUUCCAUACAUUUAGGUGCCGUUGUGCCGUGAUUUUAGUGUUCUGUCCAUGUAUUUAUCUAGCUUUGCUGUUUCCACAAUUAUGAUUUCAAUUGGUUUGAUUAGCUGUGCAACUAUGCAUUGUUGCCCUCCAUCCAACAAGGGCGGUGUCUGUAUGACACAAUUCUGUUGAUGGUUUUAUGCCGAGUGGAGGGUCGAAAGAAACUAUAAGCUCUAUUCCAAAGCAAAAAUCCAAAUAUGAAAUGUUUUACAAAUGCAGAUACCAAAGAUAACUGUUUUUUUUCCUUCUUCCUUCCCAAAUCCUUCAGUUUGUGUGUUAAGAAACAGAACCCAGCUCUGGCAGUAGUCCUAACCUCAGUAGUUCCAAAGCUUGGAUGUAUAUUUUGGUAUUUUUCUGAGAUGCUUAUGGGGGAAAAAGUUUGUCUUUUUUAAUUUUCUUGUUCGUUGGAUUUAUUGCUCUCUUUUUUCUGUCAUGGCAUGGAAUUAACUGCAAAACUGUCUUACUGUAGGUUAAAGAAAUAGUAUUUUUGUAUAUUUUUGGAUGUGUCAAUGUGUGUGAUGUCAGAUUCACUGCCCAGGUUAUCAUUGUUUUUAAAACAAAACAAAAAAAAGAUUUAAGUAAAAAAUAAUAAUAAAAAAAUAAUAAUAUGUAUAUAAUACUUUGAGUCAAUAAUUUCAAAAGAAAUCCACCUGUUUACUCUCAUUUCCAUAUUUCCUACAGCUAAAGCUCAAGGAAUUUGUUCCAUUCUCACCCUGUCACAUACUGUAGAUUGUAACUUCAAUAUCUCCCUUCAGAACGCUGUAACUCACUGUUGUCGUAGUGAUUGGUUGGGUUCUGGGUAUCACUACAAACCUGAACUCUAGUGCCACUUGUGGUCUGUUAUCAAGAACAUAUACCUGAGACUGAACGCUAAAUGGCUACAUCACUGUAGCUUAGAACUGAGUGAUUGUGUAGAAUAUAUAUAAGUAUGUGAAUCAGGAUAACAUGGUAGUUUUAAUGCAUUUGUCUGCUGUAUUUUUGUUUAUAUAUAUAUAUAUAUAUAUAUAUAUAUGUAUAUGUAUGAUCUUUUACUGUAACUGUACAGUUCUCUUUCGUUGUAAACAUCA